ACUCCCUCCUCUGUCCAUCCCCAGAGCAACUGCAUCAAGACCUCCAAGUACAACAUUGUCACCUUCCUGCCUGUCAACCUCUUCGAGCAGUUCCAGGAAGUGGCCAACACCUAUUUCCUCUUCCUCCUCAUCCUGCAGCUGAUCCCGCAGAUCUCUUCGCUCUCCUGGUUCACCACCAUCGUGCCUUUGGUUCUUGUCUUAACCAUCACAGCUGUCAAAGAUGCCACCGACGACUAUUUCCGCCAUAAAAGCGACAACCAGGUGAACAACCGGCAGUCUCAGGUGCUGAUCGGCGGAGUCCUCCGGCAGGAGCAAUGGAUGAACGUCCGUGUCGGAGACAUCAUCAAGUUGGAGAACAACCAGUUUGUGGCGGCUGACCUCCUCCUCCUCUCCAGCAGCGAGCCCCACGGGUUGUGCUACAUAGAGACGGCGGAGCUGGAUGGAGAGACCAACAUGAAGGUGCGGCAGGCCAUCCCCGUCACCUCGGAGCUGGGGGACACCAGCAAGCUGGCUCGGUUUGACGGCGAGGUGAUCUGUGAACCCCCCAACAACAAGCUGGACAAGUUUGGUGGGACGCUGUACUGGAAGGAGAACAAGUACCCCCUGAGCAACCAGAACAUGCUGCUGCGGGGCUGCGUCCUGCGCAACACCGAGUGGUGCUUCGGCCUUGUCAUCUUUGCAGGGCCCGACACGAAACUGAUGCAGAACAGCGGCCGGACCAAGUUCAAGCGGACGAGCAUCGACCGGCUGAUGAACACGCUGGUGCUCUGGAUCUUCGGGUUCCUGGUGUGCAUGGUGAUCCUGGCCAUCGGCAACGCCAUCUGGGAGCACGAGGUGGGCGUCUGCUUCCAGAUCUACCUGCCUUGGGAUGGGGUGCACAGUGCCUUCUUCUCCGGCUUCCUCUCCUUCUGGUCCUACAUCAUCAUCCUCAACACCGUGGUGCCCAUCUCGCUCUACGUGAGCGUGGAGGUGAUCCGUCUUGGGCACAGCUACUUCAUCAACUGGGACAAGAAGAUGUACUGUGCCAAGCGCCGGCCGCCCGCUGAGGCGCGGACCACCACCCUCAAUGAGGAGCUGGGGCAGGUGGAGUACAUCUUCUCUGACAAGACCGGCACCCACCAGAACAUCAUGGUCUUCAGCAAGUGCUCCGUCAACGGGCACAGCUACGGUGACGUGCAGGAUGUGCUGGGUCACAAAGCGGAGCUGGGCGAGAGGCCGGAGCCAGUCGACUUCUCCUUCAACCCCCUGGCUGACCCACGGUUCCAGUUCUGGGAUCCCAGCCUGCUGGAAGCCGUCAAGCUGGGAGACCCCCACGUGCACGAGUUCUUCCGCCUGCUCUCGCUCUGCCACACCGUCAUGUCCGAGAGAAGGACGAAGGUGGGGGAGCUCUAUUACAAGGCUCAGUCCCCGGACGAGGGAGCGCUGGUCGCCGCUGCCAGGAACUUUGGGUUUGUCUUCCGGUCCCGCACACCCAAAACCAUCACAGUGCACGAGCUGGGUCGAGCCAUCACCUACCAGCUGCUGGCCAUCCUGGACUUCAACAACAUCCGCAAGCGCAUGUCCGUCAUCGUCCGCAGCCCCGAGGGCCGGAUCCGGCUGUACUGCAAAGGUGCUGACACCAUCCUGCUGGAGCGCCUGCACCCCCUCACCCAGGACCUCGCCAACGUCACCACCGACCACCUCAACGAAUACGCGGGUGAGGGGCUGCGGACGCUGGUGCUGGCUUACAAAGACCAGGAGAGUUACUACGAGGAGUGGUCCGAGCGGCUGCACCGAGCCGGCAGUGCCCCCGAGGCCCGCGAGGAUCGCCUGGCUCGGCUCUACGACGAGGUGGAGCACGAUAUGCUGGUAGCUGUGGGAGCCACGGCCAUCGAAGACAAACUGCAGCAGGGGGUCCCCGAAACCAUCGCCAUCCUGACGUUGGCCAACAUCAAGAUCUGGGUGCUGACGGGGGACAAGCAGGAGACGGCUGUGAACAUCGGCUACUCCUGCAAGAUGCUGACGGACGACAUGACGGAGGUGUUUGUAGUCACGGGCCACACCGUGCUGGAGGUGCGGGAAGAGCUCAGGAAAGCCCGGGAGAAGAUGAUGGACGCAUCGCGCUCCGUGGGCAACGGUUUCUACCAGGAGAAACUCUCCUCCUCCAAGCUCACCUCGGUGCUGGAAGCCAUAGCGGGCGAAUACGCCCUAGUCAUCAACGGGCACAGCCUGGCCCACGCGCUGGAGGCUGACAUGGAGGUGGAGUUCCUGGAGACGGCGUGUGCCUGCAAGGCCGUCAUCUGCUGCCGCGUCACGCCCUUGCAGAAGGCCCAGGUGGUGGAGCUGGUGAAGAAGUACAAGAAAGCCGUGACCCUGGCCAUCGGGGACGGCGCCAACGACGUCAGCAUGAUCAAGACCGCCCACAUCGGGGUGGGCAUCAGCGGGCAAGAGGGCAUCCAGGCGGUGCUGGCCUCCGACUACUCCUUCUCACAGUUCAAGUUCCUGCAGCGCCUGCUCCUGGUGCACGGGCGCUGGUCCUACCUACGCAUGUGCAAGUUCCUCUGCUACUUCUUCUACAAGAACUUCGCCUUCACUAUGGUCCACUUCUGGUUUGGCUUCUUCUGUGGCUUCUCGGCGCAGACUGUGUACGACCAGUACUUCAUCACGCUGUACAACAUCGUCUACACGUCGCUGCCCGUGCUCGCCAUGGGCGUCUUCGACCAGGACGUGCCGGAGCAGCGGAGCAUGGAGUACCCCAAGCUCUAUGAGCCUGGGCAGCUGAACCUGCUCUUCAACAAGCGGGAGUUCUUCAUCUGCAUCGCCCAGGGCAUCUACACCUCUGUCCUCAUGUUCUUCAUCCCCUACGGCGUCUUCGCCGACGCCCACCCCCGCGAUGAUGGCACCCAGCUGGCUGACUACCAGUCCUUCGCCGUCACCGUCGCCACCUCCCUCGUGAUUGUCGUCAGCGUGCAGAUCGGGCUGGACACAGGCUUCUGGACGGCCAUCAACCACUUCUUCAUCUGGGGCAGCCUGGCCGCCUACUUCGCCAUCCUCUUCGCCAUGCACAGCGAUGGCCUCUUCCAGAUGUUCCCCAACCAGUUCCGCUUUGUGGGUAACGCGCAGAACACGCUGGCCCAGCCCACGGUCUGGCUGACCAUCGCGCUCACCACCGUGGUCUGCAUCAUGCCCGUCGUGGCCUUUCGCUUCCUCAAGCUGGACCUGAAACCCGAACUCUCGGACACGGUGCGCUACACUCAGCUGGUACGGAAGAAGCAGAAGACCCAGCACCGGUGCAUGCGGCGCGCGGGACGCGUGGGCUCGCGCCGCUCCGGCUACGCCUUCUCGCACCAGGAGGGUUUUGGGGAGCUCAUCAUGUCGGGCAAGAACAUGCGGCUCAGCUCCCUGGCGCUCUCCAGCUUCGCCGCCCGCCCCAGCACCGGCUGGAUUGAGACCCUGCGCAAGAAGAAAGGCAGCGACGGCAGCACCGCCGGCAGCCCCAGCAGCAUGGCCGACAAGAUGCUCAAGGUGUGAGGCUGGGGGGGCGGGGGGGGGUCGCAUCCCCUCUGUGCAGCGGGGGGCUCCCCUCGCCCCCUUCUCUCACCGUGGUGGUCCGGUAGGGCCAAGCCCCCUCCUGGGGGGGGGGUCCGGGGCUGCGUGUGCCCAGGUGCCGAGGUUUGGAGGAGUCUGGACUGUCGCAGUGUAACCAAAAAAAUAUUCUCCUCGUCCCCGGGCUGGAGGGACGGACGGACUGACGGUGUCCCCAGCAGCCCCCGGGCUGGAGGGAUGGACGGUGUCCCCAGCAGCCCCCCGGCAGCCCCCCCGGGCUGCUGCCCUCUCAGUAUUCACCUCCCCGGAGCGCAAACACCCCAUCACACGCGAAUGUAUCACGCCAGAGCCACCGCCGUGGGCAGGCACAGGGGGUCUGGGGGGGCUGUGACAGCACCCUGCUCCCCAUCCCCCACCCCUCACCCACGUGUCUUCUUUUUAUAUAAAAUAAGGGAAGAAAAAAAACAAAAAAAAAGACCCACAAAAAAAAAAAAAAAAGGAGGAAAAAAAAAAAACCCAAACACAAAACACCCCUCCAAGUUUACGGAGCGACUUGUUUCAGCGUUGGCAGGCUGGGUAGGGAGAGAGCGUGGGGGGCUGGAGUGGGGGGCGAGGGGUGUCCCCUCCCCCCCCUCCGGCUGGGAAAGGGGAAGUGUUCCCCGGCUUUGCGGGGAGCUGGGGUGCUCGGCAGGGCUGUGAUUCACUUCCACGCCGGGGUCUUGCGCAACCCUCGGCCUCCGCUUCCUCCUCCUCUUCCUCCCCCUCCUCCUCCUCGCCGGCUCCCCGGGAUCGGGACCCCCUGCCGGGGGGAGGGGGGCGGAGGGGGGAUUGUGUGUGUGUCCCCCCUCUGCUGGGGGUCCCGGGGGGGUUCGGGGGGCCCGGGGCCGCUCUCUCCGUGAUACCAAAGAGGAACCCGUUCAGGACGGGCUCUGGCGUGGGCCAGGGUCUAUUUUGGGGGGAUUUGGGGAGGGGGCGAGGAUCGGGGCGUUUAAUUUAUUACACGUUUCUAUAUCGCAGAAUUGUAUCAUUUUAUGGGGCCACAGAGGGGGGGGCAAGAAAAAAAAACCAACCAAAAACCAGCUUUUUUUUUUAUAUAAAAAUAAGAAUUCUGA